GUGCUCGUUCAGCGCUCGGUGCGGGUGGCAGCGGCCGGGCCGGGCUCCUCCGGAGGGGCCCAGCCAAGAACACCCCAAAGUGCCUCUUCACCCUCGUGGACAGCAGGAAUGUCUUCCAUAGCUCCUGUUUGGAAAUGGCAAUGGCUGUUGGGAGCUCUGGCAGGAGCACCUGGAGACCAGGUUGUGCUGGAUGAUUUCAAAGUCCCAGGCUGAAGACACACAGGGAAUUGAAGGCAGCACCAAGUUCUUGUAGGAUUGUCUCCAAACAGAUCCCACUGCAAAGAGUGUUUUCCAGCUGGAGGAAACCUCCAUCAGGGAGUUCACACAGACAACACACUUUGAAGGAAUGCCAGGAAGAAAUUGCACCCAAGCAACUGAGUUCAGCUUGGCAGGAUUCAGCGAGGACCCGGCAACUCAGGUCACCCUCUUCCUGCUCUUCCUGCUCACUUACCUUGUCACCAUCCUGGGGAACUUGGGCAUGAUCACCUUGAUCAGAGCCAGUGCCCUGCUCCAUUCCCCCAUGUAUUAUUUCCUGGGCAACCUGGCUUUUGUGAACCUCUGCACUUCCACCAUCAUCACCCCCAGGAUGUUGGCUGGGGUUUUGCUGGGGAAGAAGGGAAUCACCUAUGCUGGGUGCAUGGCUCAGGUGUUCACUUUUUGCCUGUUUCUGGUCACUGAGUGUUUCCUCCUGGCUGCAAUGGCCUAUGACCGAUAUGUGGCCAUUUGCCACCCCCUGCUCUACCCCCUUGUCAUGUCCCCGGAGCGCUGCUCCCGGCUGGUGACCGGCUCCUACCUCCUGGGGCUGACCAAUGCUGUGGGACAAGCCAUUAGCAUGUCCAGCUUGUUCUUCUGCAGCUCCAGCGCCAUCGAUCUGUUCUUCUGUGACAUUUCCCUGCUGAUCUCCCUCUCUACCUCUGACACCACCUUCAGCCUCGUCAUCCUAAGGACUUCUUCAUCUUUGCUCGGUGUUCCCAGCCUGCUGGUGGUCCUGGUGUCCUAUGUGGCCAUCAUCUCCACCAUCCUGAGUAUCAGCUCAGCUGAGGGCAAGCGCAAAGCCUUCUCCACCUGCACCUCCCACCUCACUGCCCUCAGCACCUUCUAUGGGCCGUUGAUUUUCAUGUACUUAAUCCCCAGGCCAGGCACAUCCAGGGGAGGAGACAAAUGGGCUGCUGUGCUCUACACUGUUGUGACCCCCAUGCUGAACCCCUGGAUCUACAGCCUGAGGAACCAGGAGGUGAAGGAGGCUUGGAGGAGACUUGGGAAAAUAAAAUGAGCUUGGACAUUUAA